AUGGACACCACUUCCGCCCUCGAAUCAGGCCUGCUCGCCGAGAAGCGCGCCUACGCUAUCCCCGCAAACGCCGUCCUCGACAACAUCCCCGACACCGUCCUGCCCUCGUCCACCCACGAGCUCGUGCACUGCAACGUCUGCCGCCGCCUGCUUGCGGGCGAGAGAGAGCACAUGCACUGCCGCAAGUGCGGCGACGACAAGGGGUAUAACGUCUGCGAGGCCUGUCUUGCCCGCGGCUUCGGCUGUCUCGACGACACCCACAACUUGCUGCGCGUGCACGCGAGAGAGUCGCCCUGGGCCGCGCGCCUGCUCGCGAUCUCGGCGGUCUACCUCGCUUUCUGGAGACGCGUGUUCUUGAUCCUCGGGGCUACGGACUGCAAGCGCGUGUUCUGCAACGGCUGCCACGCGCAGCUCGGCGCGACCGAACGCUUCCGCUGCAUCGGCGGCUGCGCGGACUUUGACUACUGCUCGUCCUGCUACGAGACCGAGACGCACAUCCGCGGCCACCAAUUCGUGCGCUUCGACGAGAUCGUCGACUCGCCCGACGAGCACCACUGCGGCGUGCACUGCGACGGCCCGCUGUGCGAGAGCAUGCGGCUAUGCAUCACCGGCCGGCGUCGCAAGUGCAGGACCUGUGCGGACUUCAACCUGUGCGCGAACUGCGCGCGGCUGGAUAACGUGCACGACCAGAGCCAUACGUUUGAGAUUGUCGCGCCGCCGGUGCUGGGGCAUGUUGCGGUGGUUAAGCUCGGGCUUGCGCUGACGGCGCUGUAUAUGGUCAUCUUUGUCUGGCUGGUGAUUAUCUGGGAGCGGCAGGCAUAG